GAGGAGCCGCCAUCUGACGCACUGCUAACAGUCAGUAGCAGGGACAUUAGCAGGGAUGCUAGUGAGGUCACUAGCAGGGACAUUAGCAGGGAUGCUAGUGAGGAUGCUAAGAGGAACCUUAGCAGGGAUGCUAGUGAGUUUGCUAACAGGGACAUUAGCAGCGAUGCUAGUGAGGAGGCUAGGAGGAACCUUAGAAGGGAUGCUAGUGAGGAGGCUAACAGGGACAUUAGCAGGGAUGCUAGUGAGGAGCCUAACAGGGACAUUAGCAGGGAUGCUAGUGAGUUUGCUAACAGGGACAUUAGCAGAGAUGCUAGUGAGGAGGCUAAGAGGAACCUUCGAAGGGAUGCUAGUGAGGAGGCUAACAGGGACAUUAGCAGGGAUGCUAGUGAGUCUGCUAACAGGGACAUUAGCAGGGAUGCUAGUGAGGAGCCUAACAGGGACAUUAGCAGGGAUACUAUUGAGGAUGCUAAGAGGAACCUUAGCAGGGAUGCUAGUCAGGAGGCCAACAGGGACAUUAGCAGGGAUGCUAGUGAGGAGGCUAACAGGGACAUUAGCAGGGAUGCUAGUGAGUUUGCUAACAGGGACAUUAGCAGCGAUGCUAGUGAGGAGGCUAACAGGGACAUUAGCAGGGAUGCUAGUGAGGUUGCUAACAGGGACAUUAGCAGGGAUGCUAGUGAGGUUGCUAACAAGGACAUUAGCAGGGAUGCUAGUGAGGAGGCUAACAGGGACAUUAGCAGGGAUGCUAGUGAGGUUGCUAACAGGGACAUUAGCAGGGAUGCUAGUGAGGUUGCUAACAGGGACAUUAGCAGGGAUGCUAGUGAGGAGGCUAACAGGGACAUUAGCCAGGAUGCUAGUGAGGAGGCUAACAGGGACAUUAGCAGGGAUGCUAGUGAGGUCAUUAGCAGGGAUAUUAGCAGGGAUGCCAGUGAGGACAUUAAUCGGCACAUUAGCACAGAUAUUAAUGAGACAGGGCAUUAAUGUGGCCACUAGGAACUUUAGCAGGGACAUUAGAGGUGAUGGAAAAG